UCCAUUUUCAACCACUCUCAUCUCACCGUCUCUCAAGUUUCAACAACAACAAUAUUGAUUUCAUCCGUCAUCUUCACUCUUCAGGCCACAAAAUAAAAUAAAUAAAAUCAAAUGGCAACGUCGAGGAGUCGUGCGUCUGACGAGUUUGACGACUAUGCCAACAACUACACUGUGGUGAUGCCACCAACACCCGAUAACCAGCCCGCAGGCGCAGGGGAUAAGCCCGAUGGGCCCACCGUAUUCCGUGCUCCGUCCUCUAGGUUUCGUUCUGAGUCCCAGCCUCCGGGGAAGCUCGACCGAAGAAUGUCCAUACUCAACAACAAUAAUAAUAACAAUAAGUCGAUGCUGUUGAGAAGCCAGACGCAGGAUUUCGACCACAACCGUUGGCUUUUCGAGACGAAAGGCAAAUACGGGAUCGGGAACGCGUUCUGGCAGGAUGACGACUCGUUCGACCACGACACGGGGAUGAGCAUGCAGGAUUUUAUGGACAAGCCCUGGAAGCCUCUCACUCGAAAAGUUCGUGUUCCGGGAGGAGUUAUUAGUCCUUACAGGGUCCUCAUUGUGUUCCGAAUGAUAGCAUUGGCUCUUUUCCUGGCAUGGAGGGUGCAGAACCCAAAUCGGGAUGCCAUGUGGCUUUGGGGAAUAUCCAUUGUGUGCGAGAUAUGGUUCGCCUUCUCUUGGCUGCUCGACAUCUUGCCAAAGUUCAACCCCAUAAACCGAGCGGCCGACUUGUCGGCUCUCAAGGACAAGUUCGAGACUCCCAGCUCGUCAAACCCCACAGGCCGGUCAGACCUUCCGGGAAUGGAUGUGUUCAUUUCCACAGCUGACCCUGAAAAGGAACCUCCUUUGGUCACAGCAAAUACGAUCCUCUCCAUCUUGGCCGUUGAUUACCCGAUCGAGAAGUUGUCGGUCUACAUAUCGGACGAUGGUGGUGCCAUUCUCACCUUCGAGGCCAUGGCCGAGGCUGUCAAAUUUGCAGAGAUAUGGGUGCCGUUCUGCCGAAAGCAUGACAUCGAGCCAAGAAACCCCGACUCGUACUUCAGCCAGAAGACAGACCCCACUAAAAACAAGAAGCGGCCUGAUUUUGUCAAGGACAGAAGGUGGAUCAAGCGGGAGUAUGACGAGUUCAAAGUGAGGAUCAAUGGCCUCCCGGACGUCAUAAGAAAACGGUGCAAGAUGUACAACAAAAACGAGGAGUUGCAGGAACAGAAGCUCGUGAGGGAAAAGAACAACGGCGUGCUUCCCACUGAUCACAAGUCCCAAGUCACCAAAGCCACGUGGAUGGCUGACGGGACCAACUGGCCAGGGACGUGUUGGAGUUGUGAUUCAGGGAACAUGAGAGCCUUGGAUGGUCUUCAAGGACCUGUGUACGUGGGGACGGGGUGCAUGUUCAGACGUUAUGCACUCUACGGCUUCCCACCUCCGAGAGCAAAUGAGUACUCGGGCUGGAUCGGGCAAAAUAAGACCCCGGCCAAGACCAUAAAGCCCAGUCAGCAAGAGGACGAGGAGCCCCUGACAGCCAGUCAUCCGGACUUGGACCUGCCCAAGAAAUUCGGAAAUUCGACCAUGUUCACCGACUCUAUUACUGUUGCUGAGUUUCAAGGACGACCACUAGCUGAUCAUUUCUCAGUCAAGAACGGGAGGCCACCUGGUGCGCUGCUCGUCCCGCGUCCUCCGCUCGAUGCCCCUACUGCAGCCGAGGCUAUUGCCGUCAUUUCUUGCUGGUACGAAGACAACACGGAGUGGGGCGAUCGCGUCGGGUGGAUCUACGGCUCUGUCACCGAGGACGUGGUGACGGGCUACCGCAUGCACAACCGCGGCUGGCGCUCCGUCUACUGCAUCACGCGCCGCGACGCCUUCCGCGGCACUGCUCCCAUCAACCUCACCGACCGUCUCCACCAGGUCCUCCGCUGGGCCACCGGCUCCGUCGAGAUCUUCUUCUCCCGCAACAACGCCCUCCUCGCCACCCCCCGACUCAAGUUCCUCCAGCGCAUCGCCUACCUCAACGUCGGCAUCUACCCCUUCACCUCCAUCUUCCUCGUCGUCUACUGCUUCCUCCCGGCACUCUCCCUCUUCACUGGACAGUUCAUCGUCCAGUCCCUCGACAUCUCUUUCCUACUCUACCUCCUAAUCAUCACCCUCUGCCUCGUCUGCAUCUCACUCCUCGAGGUCAAGUGGUCAGGCAUCGGCCUCGAGGAGUGGUGGCGAAACGAGCAGUUCUGGGUCAUUGGCGGCACUAGCGCACAUCUCGUUGCAGUUCUGCAAGGGCUUCUCAAAGUGGUGGCCGGGAUCGAGAUUUCGUUCACCUUGACUUCAAAGUCGGCUGGGGAGGACGUGGACGAUGUUUACGCGGAUCUUUAUAUAGUCAAGUGGACGGGGCUGUUCGUAGUGCCGCUCACUAUUAUUAUUGUUAAUCUUGUGGCGCUGGUGAUAGGGUUUGCGAGGACGGUGUACAGCGUGAUCCCGGAGUGGAGCAAGCUGCUCGGGGGGGCGUUUUUCAGUUUCUGGGUGCUGGCGCAUAUGUACCCCUUUGCCAAGGGGCUGAUGGGGAGAAAAGGGAAGCUGCCCACUAUUAUAUAUGUCUGGUCAGGACUCAUCUCAAUCACAGUCUCCUUGUUGUGGAUCGUCAUCAGCCCUCCCGGGGGGGCGAAGCCAGGUGACGGGGGAGGAGAGGUUAAGUUUUGA